UUUCGUAGUUUUUGUUAUAUUUUUUUUUGUUUUUUUUUUUUUUUUUUUUUGAAAUGGAGUUGGUAGGUUUAAGUUCUUCUUUAAGACUAAAUAACAAGGUUCGAUCUGGAAAUUUGGCGAAUACCAUCUAUCCCAAAAGUAUUCCAAUAAUAAAGUAUGGUCCAGUCAUGGACGAUUUGGGUUUCACGCUUAGCGAGAGGCUGGCGCUAAGGCAAGCCUGGAAUAUAGUACGGCCCUUUACCCGUCGCUACGGCCAGGAAAUAUUUUUUAAUUACUUAAAUGACGCGUAUUUGGAAAUUCUUAAGUUCAAGCAUAACAAGGAAAUUAAUCUACACGCUCUUCACAACCAUUCCAGGGGAUUUUUGUUGUUCAUCGGAAGCUUGAUCGAAGAACAGGAUCCUGUGAUGUUUCAGUUGAUGUUAAAUGAUAAUAAUAUGACCCACAGCAGGUGCAAAGUUGGUGCAGCAUUCAUAUUAGAGCUGGCCCAAGCCAUGACAGAUUAUAUUCUAAAGGUCUUUGAGAAGGUGAGCUCGGCAUCGCUAGAAAGUGGAUUUCGAAAAAUCGUGGAUAAGUUCCAGGGCUACCAGGAGAAUCAACAACAACCUACUGGUAUGACCUACAAUCGCGCCUUGAUCAGGGACCUUAGCAAAAGCUCCAAUAUCGGUGUGCGUUGAUAUAUUUUUCCAAAAACCGUACAUGAUCUGUGGAUUUAUGUUUUCGGCCCUCCAUUGCUAUUGCUCCCCCGCAAAUGGAAAUUAUGUCGGUGGUUCGUGAGCUGCCUCGGCCAUUGCCUCGGCCUCUGCCACUGCUAUGUAGUGCUCUCGUCUGAUAUGGGGUUAGCUCUGUCGCAGUCGCAGUCGUCGUGGACGUGGACGUCGCCCUCGUAGCUCUGCCGCUAUUAGUACCGCCGAUUUCGUUUAUUUGCUAAGCGCGUUUCCUUGGAGAAAUUCAGUUUUGUCCGGGCGCUCAUCGCGUCCAUUUGCACGUUUCGGCGGUUCUACUAGAACAAUAAAAACAAAACUCUUGAAAAUCUCGCAUUAGCGGGCGGAACAUUUAAA